AUUGGUUAGUUUAGCUCAGCCCUCACGGGGCCAUGACGUUUCCUCCGCCGGCCGCUGAAAUCGCAUGAUCGGUGUGCCCUUUUUGUCCUUGUAUUCGAGCGGGCUUUAUGGGCUUAUGGAGGGGCCGUGCUGACGGAGAUAGGGAUGCUUCUGCGGCCGACAGAAGGACGGUCGUAUCCCGCGUAAGUGAGAUCCUAUGAAAGGUGACGGCUGUUUGUACUGUCAAGGCUCAGGUCAUAGUUAAGAGCUGAUGGUCUAUAUAAACUGAGAGUCUUCGUCCCUUUAAUCGAGUAGAGAUUUAGAACCAUCCACUUCAACGGAUAUUCACUUAUCUUUCGCCGAUACCUAAGUAUUCAAACUUCUAUCUCUCACGCAACUACCUUCACGCCAAAAUGCCUACCAAGCCUAUCCUCCACCCCUUGGGCAAGAACGGCCCUUUGGUUCCAGCCUUGGGUACUGGGCUCAUGGGUUUGUCUCUGCCUGUUUAUGGAGCGGCUUCUAGCGACGAAGAACGGUUCAAGUUCCUUGACCGCGCUUUGGAGCUGGGAGCCACGUUCUGGGAUACCGCUGAUCUCUAUGCGGAUGGUGAGGAACUGAUUGGGAAAUGGUUCAAACGUACCGGGAAGCGUGACCAGAUCUUCAUCGCCUCUAAGUACGGCUAUGUCAAGGGCAGCAAGACCUUCGCGACAGACAGCUCAUAUGAGUACACCAAGAAAGCUGCUGCUAACAGUUUGGCGGCUCUUGGUAUUGAAUCGAUUGAUCUCUACUACAUCCACAGUCCCAACCCGGACACGCCUAUCGAGGAGACUAUGCGAGCCUUGAAGGAACUUCAGGAAGAGGGCAAGAUUAAGCACAUCGGUCUGUCCACCGUCUCAUCCACGACACUCCGCCGCGCACACAAGAUCGCGCCGGUUACCGCCGUGCAGACUGAAUACUCGGUCUAUAACUGGCGUAUCGAGGGUCCUUCUGGUACGGACCUGCUGGCUGCGGCCCGCGAGCUUGGCGUCGCCGUUGUUGUCGCUACGCCAUUAGGUCGCGGUAUACUCACGGGUGAUUUCGGCAAGAGUGAAACUAAAUUCGAGGGUAGCGACAUCCGCCCUAAAUCUAUACCGCAAUUCAGGGAGGAAAACAUCCAGCAGAAUAUCUCCUUCGUAUCCAACUUCCAGGCGCUAGCCGACCGCAAGGGGUGCACGGUGUCUCAGCUCGCGCUAGCAUGGCUGUUGAAGCAGGGUGACGAUAUCUUCCCUAUCCCGGGUACCAAGAGAAUCGAGUACCUCGAGCAGAACUGGGCGGCGCAGGAUAUUGCGUUAACGGAUGACGAGAACCGCGAGAUUCGCGCGUUUGCUGAUGUGCAUAAGAUCGCUGGUGGUACUGUGCCGGAGGGUAUGGAGAGUUACUUGUUCCGCGAUACUAAGGAAGAGGGUGCGUGAGUAGGAUAUUCGAGUAGGGUAACUUUGGGUGAUAAAAGAAAGAGGAAAAAGCUACUCUAUAUCGGAGAAUCGAACUCACCCGAUAUACCGCCUACAUCGUAUUAUUGUUGAAUUUGUCGUAAAUUAAGGAAGCAUGGUCAUGCUCGCCCGGGCGUGGAAGGUGCUCAUCACCCAAAGCAUCCCCGCUCUAGCUCACUCCUUCCCUGCGAAGUGUAAGGUCCGUUCAAUUAAAGUUAUGAGGUAGUAAGAUCCGCCGUUCCCGUAGUUUCCUUUGCGAUGGCAUUACCGGGUUUAGAUCUCUUUUCGGGAUUUGACUGUCGCAGUUGCCCCGUUUGAC